AUGACUGGAGGGGCAAACUGCGUAAUUAUUUUGGGAACCAACAAUUUGAUUGAUCAAAUUGAAAAUAUCGAUCGUUUAGUAAUUGAAUUGAAUUUUAUUUAUGUUAUGUUGACUACUGUACAAAGAAGUAGUCAUAGUGUGACAGCUAUUGGUAAUCAUUUGUAUGUAUUUGGCGGAGAAUAUGAACCUCGUAUUCCAGUUGAUAACGAUAUUUAUCAAUACAAUAUAAAGUCUGGUGAAUGGAAAAAAUUAAUGACAACGGGUGAAAAACCAUCGCUAAGAAUUGCACAUGCAGCUACAUCUAUAAGUAAUAGGUUGUACAUUUUUGGUGGACGGACAGGGAUAGAAACUGAUGAAAAUGUAUUUAAUGAUUUGUAUUCAUUUGAUGUGAUAUCUUUAAAAUGGGAAAAGUUCGAGUUUGAUUCGAAUGAUAUAUUACCUGAAAAACGUAGUUAUCAUUCUAUGACAAGUAUGAAAGAUAAACUUUAUGUAUUUGGUGGUUGUGGAGAGAAAGAUCGUUUAAAUACUCUAUGGGAAUUCGAUACUAUGAAAUGCAAAUGGAGAAAUCUUCCAUCACCUGAUAAGGAGCAAAUAAAACCACGUGGAGGUUGUGGUUUGGUUGCCUACAACAAUUGCUUAUGGGUUUUUGGAGGUUUCUGUGGUUUUGAACUGGACGAUGUUGUAAAUUUUAAUUUGGAGAAUCAAACAUGGUCUGUACUUGAAACAAAGAUUUCUCCAAGAAGUGUAUUUGCUUAUGGUCUGUUGAAUGGUUUUAUUAUUGGUUUUGGUGGUGAACAAGAUCCCUCCAGUUUGGGACAUAGUGGGGCUGGUGAAUUUGCAGAUGAUGUUAUUUUGUUUGAUGUUAAAGCUGGUACUUCAUCAAAGUUUCUUCGUUUAAAUAUUGAAACCGAUAGUACAAUAGAGAAACGAGGAUGGCAUGCGGGUGAUUCAACUGACAAUUGUUUUUAUGUAUUUGGUGGAAAUACGAGUGAAAAUACGAGAGAUAACAUGCUGAUUCUAUUGAAGUUAAAAAAUAAUUAA